AUGCUACCAUUUUCGUACGACGUGAGCUCAAAGAAACUGAAAGUCACAGGUGACUACGCAGACUUAGAAUAUGACAUACAGCAGCUGAACACCUUGAGCGGAGAGAUCCUGGCCAAUAAAGCAGAUGUUCCUUCUCCACCAAGUAAGGAGUCGUUUGACAAGAAAUUGUCCCACAUGGCUCAGAAAUUACACGAGUCGGCUGUAUCCAACAUAAAGACAGGCAAGUAUCCUGAGGCUAUCAAAUUGUUGACGACGGGUCUUGAAAUGGUUAACAGAAGGCCCAAGUACGAGAGUUUUCAGAUGACGUUGAGUGAAAUGACGAUCUUUAUUGUCACUAGAGCUGACGCUUACAUGAUGAAUGGAGACUUUGAAGGGGCAUUCAAUGAUGCAGAUUUACUGGUAACGCUCCUGCCAUCCAUUCCAGAUAAUUACAUUAGAAGAGGGGUAGCCCUUUUCAAGAUGGGGAGAUACGUUGAUGCAAAAAACAAUUUUGAGAGAGGACUUUCAUUUGACCCAGAUAAUGCAAAAUUGAAGAAGGAGUUAGAUUUUGUGCUGAAGAAGAUCGACGAGGAGAAUGGAGAGUUAUAG